AUGGUUCCGCCUUCACUUUACAACAGUUCAUCCAUGAUUGGUCUUGGUCUAAACGAUAACUUGUUAAAAGGCAUGCUUCCAUCAGAUUUCGGCUCAACCCUUCCCAAGCUGGAAAUGUUCUAUGCUGCAAAUAACACUUUUACAGGCCCAAUUCCACCGUCAUUAGCUAAUGCCGCCAAGAUAACUGCCUUUGAAAUCCAGGGAAACAGUAUUACUAGGCCUAUACCAAACCAUUUUGGGAGCCUCGCUAAUCUUCGAGUGCUAGGCCUGGGUGAUAAUCCACUUGGUGACAAUGUGCAUCCUAAUGAUUGGAGCUUUUUCAAUUCUUUGGUUAAUUGUACUAAUCUAAAAGCGCUCCGAUUAUUCAACAUGGGUUUAAGAGGGGAGCUCCCAAAUUCCAUUGUAAAUCUCUCCACCACCAUGGAUGAGCUGUAUCUGAAUGAAAACCAGAUAUCUGGAAGCAUACCUCGUGAAAUUGGAAAACUUGUGAACUUGGCAAUACUAUCUUUGGCUUACAAUAACUUAACAGGAUCCUUACCUUCUUCUAUUGGAAGUUUGAAACAUUUGGUUAUUUUAUCUCUUUCUUACAACAAAUUUACAGGAGAUAUACCACCAACUCUUGGUGGUUGUGUGAUGUUGGAGGGACUAUAUCUAGAAGGAAACCUUUUACAAGGUAGUAUUCCAUCUUCUUUCGAAGUUUUAAGAAGUCUUGCAUUUGUAGAUAUGUCGAACAAUAAUAUCUCCGGCAGUAUUCCAAGCUUUUUUGAUGAGUUUCAUCUAAUUAUAUUCCUUGACUUGUCGCACAACAAGUUUGAAGGUGAAGUGUCAAAACAAGGUAUCUUUUCAAAUUUUAGUGCUUUUUCGAUCAUUGAAAAUUCAGAGCUUUGUGGAGGUAUUGAAGCAUUGCAUUUGCCUGCUUGUCCCGUAAAAGUCUUGAGGAAUAAGAAAAAAGCAUUUGUCCUGAGAAAAAUACUAAUUCCAGUUCUUCCACUCCUUGCUAUGUUGUUAGCAUGUCUUGCCUUAAUUUUAUAUCGACGUCAAAAGUCCAGAAAGUUGAAUGAACCUGUCCCACUAAUGGAGGACAACCAAUAUCUCAAACUUUCAUACCAAGACCUUUUACAGGCUUAA